UUCGGUCACGUCGUGCACGAUCGUGCACGUGGUGUUUGUGUAAAUUGGCACGUAGGCCGAUACGCGAUAUAUGUGUACGACGGUAAGAAGAUCAUGGAGAUCGACGAGACAGCUACGAAUACUACGAUGAGUACAUUUCAAUUCAGGCCCAACAUGUCCACACCAGCUGAUGAAGCAACCAGUCUUGCAGCAUUGUUAGGCAGAGAGAGUUCAGCAUGCCUCAGUAAACCAUCAGGAAUUCCAGUCAUGGUUGACUGGGCCGCAAAGUCCAAAACAAAGGAUGGGUCAGCCUUGCAAACAGAUGACGUGGAAAAGAUAGUAGAAGAAAUACUGAACCCUGCCAAGGUAAAAACAGUUCUGCAGUUCAACAAAGCGUGCAAGGUUUUCUUAGAGAAAUCCCCAACUGCUUUAGAUCCAUCAUCGAGGACAUCACUGGGCAGUCUCAUUCUGAACAGUGUCGCUGAACGAAGCAACGACAAAACACAGAAGCAGCUCUGGCCCAAGAAGUCGCUGCUUAAGAUCAUCGAAGAGUGCAAUGUGGCUGCCAGCUCAUGUUCGUCAUUUGUGCAGUCAGCCAUUGGGAUGAAAGACAUAGACGUCGUCAGGUGCUGUGUUGAUCACAUGCAGGAUAUCCCAGACUAUCUACUGACUAAAGUCUUGCUGUUCUACAUCAGGCACUUUCAGGGUAUAUCGUCAAAUGAGAAUCCAGAAUCGACAGAAUCAAUUCCAUCAUUGCAUCCUGCAUCGUGUCCUGUGUCGUCAGUGUGUGCGCAAUGUGUUAACAAGGUCUUGUGUUGUCCGUUCAACGAUACUUUUAUCAUCGAUAAUUUAAGACAGUUCAGCUUUGACGAAGCAAUGGUGUUACUGAGAUAUCUUCACUUUCUCCUUUCCAUCACGUCAGCCAGUGACCAGGAUGACUGUAUACCAACACUUAAUAUAGUUGCUGAUUGGAUAAGCGCUUUAUUAGAUGCUCACUUCACUCAGCUAUUACUGUCUCAUGAAGCAAGGGAACUGCUAGCGGAACUAGCGCAGUCUGUACAAGUGCAGGAGUCCUUCUACACUGAAUUGGAAGCAGUCAAGACAAUCCUACAGAGCUUCAAGGAUUCUGUCUCCGUUCCCGUCAAGCAGCAGAGCGGUAGCUACAGCAUUGAAGUCUUGUGUAUAUAGGCAGG